AUGACAUUGAUACAAUUUGUACGAUUGAUUUGUACACCGGUUUAUUUAAUCGUUUUAUUUUAUUUGAAGCUUCGCGAUAUUCGAAAUUCGCGACACAUGCUACGUUUGCGAGCGCAACAUUUCUUGCUCACGCGACGUUUGCGUGCACGAUAUUUGCGUAAAAAUAUAACAAACAUGACAUUUCCGCAACCAUCAAAAAUGGUCACAUUGGAAAGUACCAAUGGGGAAAAAUCCAAAAAAUGUACAUUAUGGAAAAUUCCAGGAAAUAUACUCUAUUGA